CGGUGCACACUGCACUGAUCCACCUGUUGCACUUCUCAGGUAGUCAGGCUCCCCAGAAACUCUGUCCUUUGGCUGGGCAGAGGUGGGAGAUCAGGGCUUGGCCAUGGAUCCCAAGGAGGCCAACAGCUCUGACAAAGACAAGGAGAAGGAUAAAGAGAAAGAUAAAGGAAUAAAGAGGAGAACCAAGUUGUUCCAGAGGUACCUAGAAAGAAGGAAGACAGACACCAUUGUAGCUGAUGACUGUGGGAAUGGUGACAUCAACAUCGGUACCCUAGUGAGAAGGAGCCAGUCUGAUAAGACAGAAUACAGCAGUAAACUCAAAGAGAAAAUGGCACCACACAUGCUGUCCUCCCUUACUCCAAUCCUCGAUGCAGAAGAAGUCAGACACAGGAAGAUGAUGAAAAGGUCAAAGGUCAUCCAGGAGCUGGUGCAGACUGAGAAAGACUACCUGACUGAUACAGAGCUUUGUAUCAGAGAAGUACUCCAGCCACUGAGAGAUACUCAGGUCGUGGACGUGGAUCGGCUCUUCACCAACAUGGAGUCAGUGUAUGAGGUGUCAGCCGAGCUCCUGCACAGGCUGCAGGAGGCCACAGCUGAGCCUGACCCUGAAAAACAGGUCAUAGGUAAGGUUUUCAUACAGGCCAAAGCAGUGCUGGAGGAUGUCUAUAAGGUUUACUGCUACCAGCACGACGAAGCCAACAUUUUACUGAAGUCCUAUGAAAAAGAUGAAGAAAUUAGACAGCAUUUCAAGAGCUGUAUGUCGUCUCUGAAGGAAAUAUAUGACCGUGAAGGGAAGCCCAACUUGCUGGACAUGGGAUCUCUGCUGAUCAAACCAGUUCAGAGAGUGAUGAAGUACCCUCUGUUACUGGGGGAGCUAUGGCAGGCCACGCCCGACGACCACCCCGACAACCAGCCCAUGAAGGAGGCCCAGACUGCUGCCAAGACCAUCAAUCUCAACAUCAAUGAGUUCAAAAGGAGGAAAGACAUUGUGAUGAAAUACAAAAGAAGUGAUGAAGAGGGGACCCUGAUUGGCAAGCUGAACAAGUUUAACAUUCACUCCAUACGCAAGAAAUCAGACAGGCUGACUGGCUACCUGAAGAUCCUCACGGGGGUGGAGCCUCAGGUCAAAGAUGAAGUUUUCGACAAGGAGGAAAAACUGUUCCGGAGCCUUGAGAAAGCUGUAAGGCAGCUGGUUAAGAAUGUAUGCUGCUAUCUCCAAUAUGCCCAGGAAAUGAUCUCUGUUACAGUGCACCACGUUCAGGACCUUGAGGAUAUUAUGAAGGAUCCAGACAAGAUCGACACAAAUGGCUCCCAGUACAAGAAAAAUGGUGGCGAUCCAUACAAGCAUUUUAAGGAGAGGAUGGAGCGCUUGGUGCUGUCGCCCUUGUCCACGCUGCAGGGCAUGUUCCUGGCCCCUCAGAAGCUCAUCCAGAAGCGCUAUGACAAGCUGCUGGACUACUGCAGCCACCUGGAGCGCUCUUCCCAGGAGGAGCAGGGCGUGGCCUGCCGCGACUACGCGGCCCUCAAUGCCCAGUUGGUGGACGAGCUGCAGAGGUUCAACCACGCAGCCAGAAGGAUCCUCACAAACUGUGUGUACUGUCUGGUCGCUCUGCUGAGGGUGCUCAUGGACUCGGCCAAGCAGAAAGGCCCACCUGUACAGCAGCUACCAGCUCCCCUGUCGAACAUCAGCGAAGUGCAGAACUGCAUCAUGGAUGAGCUGAAUAACCUGGGCUUUGUCCAGGAGAACGCACCCAAGCUCAUGGAGCGCAAAGUGAGCUUUGAUAAAACCAAGAAAAUAUUGCCGCCGGAGGUCACCCGCCAGACCGAGGCCCAGAGGGCAUCGCUGCUGUCCAACCACGCGGCCGACCGGCUGUACCAGCUCAAACGCAACUGCAACGCCACGCAGGACCAGGACAUCAGCCUGCUGGAGGGGGAGCUGGUGGCGCUGCUGGAAGACAGGGACCCCUACGGCAGCAGCAGCCGGUGGCUGGUCCACUCGGGCGGUACGCAGGGGUAUGUCUACUCCUCCUUCCUGAAGCAGUACAACCCCGGUCGGGCGCAGAGCGGGGCCCAGGCCGAGCCUCCCGACGACUUCGACAACCUCAGCCUGUUCGUGUCCGGCAGCGGGAGCAGCAGCCUUAGGAGCUUCAGCCUCGCCACCCCCGAAAGCAGCUGUGGCUCCCUGGUAGGCCUCCAGGGGGAACUGGAGUCCCCCGAGGACACAGACCCCGAGGACCAGCAGUUCUACGCAGUGUACGCCUUCCAGGCACGCUGUGAACAAGAGCUGACCAUGCAGAAGUACCAGCACGUGCGCAUCAUCAGAUUCUGUGAUCUCAGUGGCAAUAAGGAAUGGUGGCUGGCGGAGGCCGAAGGACAGAGGGGAUACGUCCCCUCCAACUACCUCGGGAAGAUGUCUUACGCGUAGCCGCCGAUAAGUGAAGGAACAUCCGGAGAGAACUUGAUCUUUCUAUUCUAUUCGUUUCUUUUUUUAUUUGACACAUUUGUAUUUGAUAUGAAUGUAAAAGAAGCCUAACCUUGCACUUUGACUUUAAUUCAAGGCACUUAGUAUUGCUACCUGCAGUGUUUAAUUAUGUUAUGUUGUGCGAAUUGUCAAUGUUGAAUGUCGAUUGAAGUCUGUUAUAUUGAAGUACGUUUUAUACAAGCAUACACAUAUAUGCAUACAUAUAUUCACCAAACAAAUGUAUUUUAACAGAGUUGAUAUAUAUAUGAAGAAAUAUAGAAGAAAUAUAAAAAUUAAAUAAUAUAAAUCAAUAUAAUUAAUAUAUUACCUAAUUGUUGGAAGAUUUAACUUUAUAAUGAAUGAGAUGGCAAUUUUUGAUGUGUCUAUAUUGAAUAAUAUCGCAACUUUACUAUGAAUAAAGAUUUAUCCUUGUCCC